CCUCCUUUAUGUAAAGCGUAACUAACUCAUCAACAGACUCUCCCUUUCUGUUUUGAGUGGCCAAUGAAAGGUUAUGCGUUACAAUUCCAACAAACAUGGCCUGAAAGCCAUGCUUGAGCUAACACAACAAUAAAGACGAAGCAUAUCAUUCACACUUUGCAAUUAUCUUAUCGCAUUUUCCAUAUAGCAGUUAAAAUGGGAUUCAUCAGCGGCAUGAUCGUUGGUAUCGCCGUUGGUAUUGUAUUGAUCGUUGCUUUUGCUCGUCAAGAAAGCAUCCGAUCCAAUCGUCGCUCCAAUCUAGCGAAGACGAUAGCACAGUUUGCGAGGAUGACGGUGGAAGAUUCUAGAAAACUUCUACCUCCAAAGUUCUAUCCGUCAUGGGUGGUCUUCACUAAGAGGCAGAAGUUAAAUUGGCUUAAUAUGGAGUUAGAAAAGAUAUGGCCGUUCGUUGAUGAGGCAGCGUCUGAAUUGAUAAAAAGCAACGUUGAACCAAUUCUUGAACAAUAUAGGCCAGUGAUUUUGUCUUCUCUCACAUUUUCUAAGUUGACGCUUGGCACCGUUGCUCCACAAUUUACAGGAAUUUCAAUUGUUGAAGAGGAUAGUGGGCCUAAUGGAGUGACAAUGGAGUUUGACAUGCAGUGGGAUGGUAAUCCCAAUAUUGUUCUUGACAUUAAAACCAAAGUUGGUGUUGUACUGCCUGUGCAGGUAAAAAAUAUUGGAUUCACUGGGGUUUUCAGGUUGAUCUUCAAACCUCUUGUAAACGAGUUCCCUGCUUUUGGAGCCGUUUGUUUUUCUCUGAGAGAAAAGAAAGCUCUGGAUUUUACUCUUAAGGUCGUUGGGGGUGAUAUAUCAUCUUUACCAGGAAUAUCUGAUGCUAUAGAGGAAACAAUUCGAGAUGCCAUUGAAGACUCUAUAACUUGGCCAGUACGCAAAAUUAUACCAAUUAUACCUGGCGAUUACAGUAACCUAGAAUUGAAACCAGUUGGAACACUAGAUGUAAAACUAGUGCAAGCAAAGAACUUGGCAAACAAAGAUCUGAUUGGGAAAUCUGAUCCUUAUGCUGUCAUAUUUGUACGCCCGCUUCGUGACAAAACCAAAACCAGUAGAACAAUUAACAACCAGUUGAACCCAAUAUGGAAUGAGCACUUUGAGUUCAUUAUUGAAGAUACAUCAACACAGCACUUGACCAUAAGAAUCUUCGACGACGAAGGCAUUCAGGCAGCUGAGCUUAUUGGCUGUGCCCAAGUUUCCUUGAAGGAUCUCGAACCUGGUAAAGUCAAGGAUGUGUGGUUGAAAUUGGUUAAGGAUUUGGAGGUUCAUAGGGAUAAUAAAGUCAGGGGUGAGGUCCACUUGGAGCUCUUGUACUGCCCAUAUGGAGUUGAUAACAGCUUGAAGAGCCCUUUUGACGCUGACUACUCAUUAACCACGUUUGAGAAGACCCUUAAGAAUGGAGCUAGUGACGCAGAGGAUGAGGAUCUUUCAAAAUCAUCACGGGCGAGGAAAAGCAACGUCAUAGUAAGAGGAGUUCUAUCUGUCACAGUAAUUUCAGCUGAAGAUUUGCCUGUAGUGGACUUAUUGGGCAAGGCUGACCCAUUUGUUGUCCUUGGGUUGAAAAAAUCAGAAAAAAAACUCAAGACCAGAGUUGUAAAUGAAACCCUAAACCCAGUAUGGAAUCAAACAUUUGACUUUGUUGUGGAGGACGGCUUACAUGACAUGUUAAUUGUUGAACUAUGGGAUCAUGAUACCUUUGGCAAGGAAAAAAUGGGAAAAGUUAUAAUGACACUAACCAAGGUCAUCUUAGAAGGGGAAUACAAUGAAACGUUUCUUCUGGAUGAUGCUAAAUCUGGAAAGGUUAGUUUGCAUUUGAGGUGGACUCCGCAGCAUAAGUACCGCGAUCCUUAGUAGACUUCUAGCACAAAUUCACUGAUGGUACAACAGAAUCGACCUGCAUUAAUCGAAAUCAUAAUCUACCAUCCAACUCAAAUCUCUCUAGUAAUCUAAUAGUUGAUAGUGAUUCGUCAAAUCUAUGAUACAACCCAUAUAUGAUCUUAGAAGAAUGAUGGGGAUUCACUUAAUUGCAUACGUGAGCCUGACUAUGGGGGGUUGCUGUUGCAUCGGACAAAUCCAAUGUAUGAACUAUGAAGUGUGAGCAAACAAAAGUAUUUCAUUUUCUAUGUAAAUAUGAGAUAUUUUUCUACGAUAAUUCAUUUUGUAAAAGAGAAUAUUCUAAUAAAAGUACAUAAGUUUAUAAUCUACAACUUUUAUUACUAA